UGCCAGCCUCUUUUAAAAACGUUUUGGAUGAGUUUAUUCAGGUCAUAUCAAAUCGCGGCCAUUGAAGUCAAAACUGUCCUGCUUCUUCAUACAAAAGUGAGAGAUAGCUUUCGGUGGGAAACUGAAAUUACGUUCUGAAGAAUCUCUGUUGAUGGACCACAUGUCAAAUUGGCCAACGUUUUCAGUAAUGUGCGGCAUUGUAUACUAUCGUAUUUAUCAAAUAUAUUCAUGAAAACGAAUCCGAUUUCUUUGCAUGGGACCAACUUUCGAUGCUGAACAAAGUUCGCGCCAUCAAAAGAAAAAUCCACUUUUAGGAUGAAUCUGUUGAGAAGGAAGAGAUUAUUAAAUUGCCAGUCUUGGCAGUGCUUACAGACCGGCAGUUGCUACCUGACGAACAUGGCUAUGAAGUCGCUAAAGGCCAGGUAUAUCUACGACUCCAGGGGGAAUCCGACUGUAGAGGUUGAUCUUGUGACUGAACACGGCCUUUUUCGUGCUGCCGUUCCUUCAGGUGCUAGCACCGGCGUCCACGAAGCUCUAGAACUUAGGGACAAGGUCAAGGACCAAUGGCUUGGAAAAGGUGUGACGAAAGCUGUCGAUAAUGUCAACAAGGUCAUCGCACCUGCCUUGCUGGCGAAGGGAUUCGACGUGACUGAGCAGAACGCCAUUGACAAAUUCAUGCUCGACCUGGAUGGCAGUGAGAACAAGAAGAACCUCGGUGCUAACGCAAUUUUAGGUGUUUCGCUUGCAGUUUGCAAAGCAGGCGCUGCCAAAAAGGGAGUACCUUUGUACAAGCAUAUUGCGGACUUAGCAGGGAAUGAACAUUUGGUUUUGCCCGUCCCAGCAUUCAAUGUGAUCAAUGGUGGGGAUCACGCUGGAAAUCAACUUGCCAUGCAGGAAUUUAUGAUAUUGCCAACGGGUGCAAAAUCUUUCAGUGAGGCGAUGAGAAUGGGCUGUGAAGUCUACCACCAUUUGAAAGCAGUGAUCAAAGCAAAAUUUGGCCUUGAUGCCACUGCAGUAGGCGAUGAAGGAGGAUUCGCCCCGAAUAUUCUUGACAACAAAGAAGGACUCGUUUUAAUUUCGACUGCAAUUGAAAAAGCCGGUUACACAGGAAAAAUAAGCAUUGGAAUGGACUGCGCUGCUUCUGAAUUUUACAAGGAUGGCAAAUAUGAUCUGGCUUUUAAAAAUCCCAAAGCCGAUCCGAAAUCGUACCUCUCGCCUAAACAGCUUACUGAUCUAUACAAGAGUUUCAUCAAUGAAUACCCUAUCGUGUCAAUCGAGGAUCCGUUCGACCAAGACCACUGGGACGCUUGGUCCGGACUGACCAACUCCACUUCGAUUCAGAUCGUCGGGGAUGAUCUGACUGUCACCAAUCCUAAGAGGAUUAAUACGGCCGUGGAAAAGAAGGCUUGCAACUGCCUCCUUCUCAAAGUGAACCAGAUCGGCACGGUUUCCGAGUCGAUCGAGGCUCACUUGCUCGCGAAGAAAAACGGCUGGGGUACGAUGGUCUCCCACAGGUCUGGUGAAACGGAGGAUACAUUUAUUGCCGAUUUAGUCGUUGGCCUCAGCACUGGACAGAUCAAAACUGGAGCACCAUGCAGAUCAGAACGCUGUGCCAAAUACAACCAGAUUUUGAGAAUUGAGGAGGAAUUGGGGGCCAGUGCUAAAUACGCUGGAGAAAAUUUUAGAAACCCAUCCUGCUGAAUAUAAUACAACAUUCAUAGAAAUCAAGUUGUAUAUUUUAAUACUUUGUCAUACCUACACAGGAAAUAAAGACUUAUUCUCUGCA